GACCCCGACCCUAUGCCCCCAGAAGGAGGGCGACGUGGGCUAGUAUCGCGCCUUGGGACAGGCGGGGCGUGGGGCCGGGAGAAGAAGCAAGUGGCGCUGCUGGCGGUCGGUGUCUGGGGGUGCUUGUGGACGCGCCAGAAGGCAGCGCCGCGGGAGACGGGUUCCGCGGACUGAUGGCAGAAAUAGGGAGUAGUAGGAGUGAGUUCGGCGGAGCAUUGGUGAAGGAAGAGCAUGAGGGCAAAGGCGCCCCCUUCCUCCAUUUCUAACAUCUUCCCAGAAUUUGUCCUCAACCAACAAUUGGCUGUCCUUGGGUCAGCCAAACUACGCUCCCGCUCUCCGUCCUAUCCCCUCAUCAACGAAUCUGUUGCUUAGGAACACGGCACUUUCAUGCUUAACUCCACGUGGGUCCCUUGGCGGCCCUCCAGCUCGGUCCCACUCGCACUAAGAUGUUUGGUUGUAAUUCCCUCGUCGUUGCUUCCUCCCCAAGUUGUUCUACGUAUUCCACCAGCUUAGAAUGUCUUUAUAUCGCCUCCUUUUUGGGGAAAGAGUAGCUCAUUAUUCUUUCCAAGGCCAAUCUUACAACUAUGCUUUUGAUCACAUUGCUUUGCAGCUCCUCUGACUCUUCAUGACGUUCAUCCUGCUCAGUGCCAUCAAGUCAUCUUACUAAAACAUCUUUUUGGAUUGUGUCAUCUUCCUACUGGAACACCUCCAGUGGCCAUCCAUUGACCACUCAACGAAUUCUGUCUUUGACUGGGCAUUCAGUGUCUUACAUAGUUUGGCACUAAUCCAGCUGUAUUUUCCAGAACUGUACUAGAAAACUUUUUCUCCUACUGCUGUGCAUCUGGGCUGUUCAGUUUUCUCUAACACAUUGCAUAUUUGGUUUGUACGUUACUUAUGAUAUGACUCUACCUCAUUUCUAUUUCUUGAACCGUUUUCUGGACUUAGAUGGCCUCUUCUUGCAUUACGCUUUUCCUGAUUAUCAUAGGCAAAAGUGAUCCCUUCUUCCUCUUCACCAUUACAGCUCUUAUGUUGUACUAGUUGUGUCAUUUAUUCAACAAUCACUAUUGAUUGUGAGCCUGCUAUGUGCUUGACACUGUUCUAAAUGUGAGAUAAUCAGUGAAUAAGGCAGACAAGAUUCUUGCUGUUGUGGAGCUAACGUUGUAGCUGGGAGAGAUAUACAAUAAAUAAUGAGGAAAAUUAUUAGAUAGAAAUACUAUGCAGAAAAUUAAAUAGGGUUUUGUGAAAGAGAGUGACUUGCUGGUUCCUUUAGAUUAUUGGUCAGGGAAGACCUCUCUGAGGAUGUGAUUGGGGAAGGACCGAUUUAAUCAUCAGGAACAGUUAACACAAAGGAACUGAAGAAGACCAGUGUAGCUGGAGUGUAGUGGGUAAUGGGAACGAGUACAAGAUAAAUUUGGGGAACAAAGUCCAGAAUCUUAGAAGUCUUUGGAAGCCAAGGCGUUGUUAUUUAAGAAUGGAAGAGGAUAUAGAUUUUAGAAUCAGGUUUAGUUCUUUGUGUUUCAUUACUGAUCAUGUUGGCUUUCGUGGCACUAUAAAAAGCUCACCAAGUGACUUCGUUGUCAUUGAGAUUGAUGAACAAGGACAGUUAGUUAAUAAGGCCACUGAUGAACCUGUUUACAAGAUUAGUAAAGUGCCACCUGAGUCAAAUAAUUUUGCGAAAAAAUCAAAACUAGAUCUUCAAAAUUUAUCCUUUGAAGAGGGAAGCAGUCAAGAAGUUGAUACUUUAGCUGGGUGCUCCGAUGAUGACCAGAAUCAUCAGUCUAGUUCGGAAAAGGAAGAUACUAUCAAGGAUGGAGCUUCCAAAGAUGAAGAAGAAAAAGUUGAUGUAAUAAGCUCCUUGUUAGAUGAAAAAACUAAUGAAUUACUGAAUCAGUUUGCCUGUGAUACAAAAGAGAAGUGGAAUUCUAAAACUGAGCUAAUUGGACCGUCUCCUGAAUUCUCAUUAGGCAGAAUCCUUGACAAAAACCAGAGGGCUAUUUUGCAUAGUGCUAUUAGGCAGAAGUUUCCUUUCUUAAUAACUGUAGGAAAAAACAGUGAAAUUGUUGUAAAACCAAAUCUUGAAUAUGAAGAACUCUGUCACUUGGUAUCCGAAGAAGAAGCAUUUGGCUUUUUUAAAUAUUUGGAUGCAAAGAAAGAAAAUUCCAAAUUUACCUUUAAACCUGAUACAAACAAAGACCACAGAAAAGCUGUCCACCAUUUUGUCAACAAAAAGUUUGGAAACCUUGUGGAAACCAAAUCUUUUCCUGAACUGAAUUACAAUGCUGCUAAUCCAAAUGUAGUGAUAACAGUAAGGUUUCGGGAAAAAGCACACAAAUACAGGAAGAGGUCUCUUCUUGAAUGCCAGGAAAGGAAAGUUAUACAUACAGCCUUUACCCUACGAAAAGAAAAUCUGGAAAUGUUUGAAGCAGUUGGUUUUUUAGCUAUCAAACUUGGUGUGAUUCCUUCGGAUUUUAGUUAUGCAGGACUUAAAGACAAGAAAGCCAUCACCUAUCAGGCAAUGGUUGUUAGAAAAGUGACUCCAGAAAGGUUGAAAAAUAUUGAAAAAGAAAUUGAAAAGAAAAGAAUGAAUGUGCUUAAUAUUCGGUCUGUAGAGGAUUCCCUUAGACUCGGUCAGCUCAAAGGAAAUCAUUUUGAUAUUGUCAUCAGAAAUUUAAAAAACCAGACAAAUGAUUCCACAAACCUGAAAAAGAGAAUUUUGGAGGCAAUAGAAAAUGUUAAGAAUAAAGGGUUUGUGAAUUACUAUGGACCACAGAGAUUUGGGAUGGGAAGGAAAGUUCACACAGACCAAAUUGGAUUGGCUUUGCUGAAGAGUGAGAUGGUGAAGGCUGUAAAAUUAUUUCUUACACCAGAAGAUGUGGAUGAUCCUGUAAAUAGAGCAAAGAAAUAUUUUCUUCAAACUGAGGAUGCUAAAGGCACACUUUCCUUGAUGCCGGAAUUCAAAGUUCGGGAGAAGGCGUUGCUGGAGUCCUUGCAUCGCUUUGGCGUGACCGAGGAGGGUUGCAUCCGGGCGUGGUUCUCUUUACCCCAUUCUAUGCGCAUAUUCUACGUCCACGCAUAUAGCAGCAAAAUUUGGAAUGAGGCAGUGUCUUACAGACUUGCAGCCUAUGGAUCAAGAGUAGUGGAGGGUGAUUUGGUCUGUUUGGAUGAAGAUGUUGAUGAUGAGUGUUUCCCAAAUGGUAAAGUUCAUCUAGUAACUGAAGAAGAGGAAUCAGCUAAUUCAUAUGCAAUACAUCAGGUGGUUCUUCCGGUGCUUGGAUACAAUAUUCAGUACCCAAAGAACAAAGUAGGGCAGUGGUACCAGGAAAUACUUAAUAGAGAUGGACUACAGACAUGUAGGUUUAAAGUACCUACUCUGAAACUGAAUGUUCCAGGAUGCUAUAGACAGAUUUUGAAACAUCCCCAUAAUCUCUCAUACCAACUAAUGGAAGAACAGAAUAUUGAUGUCAAAACAGAAGGUUCCCACAUCGAUGAAGCAACUUUAUCUCUUUUGAUCUCUUUUGAUCUUGACGCUUCGUGUUAUGCUACGAUUUGUCUGAGGGAGAUAAUGAAGCAUGAUUUUUAAAACCAAUACCCUUGAUAUAAUUGUAUAUAUGUCACUCUUUGAAGGAAAGGGACUAAAAUUUUUUGAGCAUCUACUAUGUGCUAGGAGCUGUAUAAUUGUUAUCUCUUUUAAUUAUACAAUAUCCUGAGGAAGUAGGAAUUUGAUGCUAAUGUUCCAGAGGACAUAUAGCUAAUAAGUGGUAGGGUCUGAAUUUAGGACUCCAAAGCCUACAUUCUUUCUAUUAUCUAAUGUUUCAGUGACUUUUAUUCUGUGCUAUAAAAGUUACAAUCGUUUUACACUAUUAGGACCCUAUAAUACUGCAAGAUAACAUGUAAGAAAAAAAAUUUUUGGAGUAAUGUUUAUAUCCUCUUGCUCCUUGAUUAGAAUGUAGAUGAAACUAGGUUGUAAUGAAAGCAUAUGGUUGGAGAGAAAGAUAGAUGAAGCAUUUUGUUAAUUAUUAUUGUCAUUCUUUUCCAUUUUUGAAAUUAUGGAUCAGAGCAAUACAUCGGGAAAUAGAGUUUCUCUAUUUAUGAUAGCUACGCCAGGGUAGUUUACCCAUUUAUAAGAUAAAUAAUCAUCCAUGAAGAUUGAAAUAAACAUUUUCAUACAAUUUCUUACCUCGAAUACAUUUACUCUCUUGACUUUUUGUUAUUUUUUUCUAUUAUCUAAAACACAGAUUUUAGAGUCAAGCAGAUCUGGGCUCUGACACUUACUAGUGACUGGGUAUAUUAUUGACUCUUUCUGAGGCUCACUUAUAGAAUCAAGAUAGCGCCAACCUCAUAAGCAACAAAUAAUAGGAUUAUCGCCACCUUUUAUGUUGCUAGAGGAAGAAAACAUUUUGCCCAUUUGAAAAUUUAAGUAUUUGUUGGUUUAACUGUCCCACAUCAUAAAUCAUCCUUAACCAUUUUAUAUCAGUUAAAUUUGGGGGGAAAAUGGUAUUUAUUGAUUGGGAAGAUCUGAGCAUUCUUUCAUUACUGGUAGCAUUAUAUAAUGAUGACAUUUAAAAAGCACUGUUGUAGAGCAUUCUAUACCAGGAAUGUGGCACUUUUAUAAACUUAAGACAGUCAAACCAUUUUGAAUAUGUUAGCAUAAGGAAAUAAAAUUCAAAAGAUGAAAAAAGCUAUAUGCAAUGCAAAAUUUGCUUACUGAAAGAAAUUAGAAAUAGUUUGAAAGUCCAGCGUUAGAUUAAGAUAAAAUGAGAUGUAUCAACUUGAGGGCAAAUAUGUAGUUAUUAAAAACGAAGAUGAAGGUUUUAGGUGUGAGAAAUUUUAGGUGAGAAAAUGUUGCCCCUCAAAAGUAGAACAUAGAUAUUACAAAUGCAGUAUAUACACUGCAUGCAGCUUUUACAAAUGGGAGGAACUUUAACAUAGUGAUUACAAGCUAGAUAUUUGGGACAAACUACCCCUUGACUGCCACUUAUAGCGGUGUGGCUUUGGAUGAGUUAUUUAAGCUUUGUCUGCUUCAGUUUCAACGUCUAUAGAAUAAGGAUGGUGAUAUACCUGCCUCAUAGGAUUGUUGUGAGGAUUUGCUGAGUUAAUAUAUGCAAAGCAGCUUAUAAAAGUGCCUGGCACUUAGUUAUUGUUAAAUAAAUGUCCGUAGAUGCUAGUUUGGAAGGGAGGAGAAAAAAAGAAAAUGCCAUUCUGCUAAGAUGAUAGGGUGUUUAGACUUUUUUUAAUACUAAAAAGUUCCUUUUUUGUCAUUAUAUAUUUUAAUAAUAAGUACAUCUCAGGACACAAAAAUUGGAGAUUGUAGUACCAUUGGUUUUUCAAAUUAUCUUUAUUGUUUUAAUGUUUAUUCAAAAUGACAUGAUGCUAUAUGAAGUAGUAAAAAAUUAUUAGAAAAAAUUUUUUACCUUUAUUUCAUAUAAAUUAUAUCCUGUAAGUGUAAUCAGAAAAUUA